UCGACCUUCCAAUAACAACAAUUCAUCAAUCAACUGUCAACAUGUUCUUCAACGUAAGUCCUCAUCCUAGAAAUCGCUUUCCGAACUCAAAACUCGUCUUCACUACUCCUCUGAAGUUCAAACCUAACUCACCCAGACUCUCCUUACUACCCUCCUCUUCAUCUUCACCUUCAUCACCUCCGGUCUCGCCAUCCCCGCCGCUGGUUACCAAGCCUCCGCCAAUCUUCUCUUCAAGCGUGAUGUCACCAUGGAGUGCACUGCCGGAACCACUGACUACUGCGCAUCGAUCGGCUGUUAUUGCGAUUCCAAUGGCAAUAUCUACGCUCCUGGUUCUCCGGAUGGAAGACAGUGCACGAGUUCGGAAUGCUUCUGUGUUAAAAGCUAGAGGGCUGGUGGGAAGUUUGCUUUGGGUGUGGGCUGGUACCUACGUUGCUUUGCUGGAUACUUUGGGAUUGGGCUGAAUCGUGGUCUCAUCGAUAUGGGUAUGGGGACUUAAUCAUGCGUGAUGACUUGCAUGGCUUUGCUUUGAG